CUUCUUGUUCCUGGUGCUGUUCCUCCCUGCCUGUGGAGAAGUGAAUUUUUUCCUACAUUGGGCUCAAAGUUGUGCUGACAGCUUACAAAAAGAUAUACGCUGGGUCUAUAGCAUGUUGCCAUUCUCCAGCACAACCAGCCUGUCAUGGAGGGUAUCACCCAUACGACCUGAUUUGUUGGAAUUACAGGUAUUUAUAAAGGCUCUUCAAAGCCAUAGCACCAUGUUUAACACUGAGUUGACUAAAGGUGAUGUAUACAAUUGGCCUAUAAAUACCUCUUUUAGCAACACAGGACAUGGCAAACCUUUCUCUGUCAAUGCCAUGGAUAGACAGGUGAUUGUCCUAGCAACUCCUACUAAAACAAUUACUAAACCUGAAUUACAAAAAACAAAAGUCAAGCUCCCAGCCAUCAAAUCCCAUAACUAUUGCUACAAGGAAGGUUUUUUGCAAAUCUGGGACGGUUUCAUCUGGCUCGCGCCCACAGCAGGACAUCUUCAGCAAGUUGCCCCAUUAUGCUGGGAACAGACCAACCACACAUAUGAUUCAUGGGCUAAUAACACCAGAGAAAUGGGCUGGCUUCCUAAACAGCAAUAUGACAAUGCCAUUACACUCCAAACCAGAGGCUGGUUCAAUGCUGACUGGUCUCAGCAUUCUGGCAUUGCCUGGUUAGCACUGAAUGGGACAGAAUGGCUAUGCAGCUCCAACCUAUGGUCAUGGCUGCCUAGGGACUGGCUUGGGCUGUGCACCCUAGGUUUUCCCUGGGUACAGAGAUCAUGGAUUAAAAUGAUUACUAAGCCUGAAAAUUAUACCCAUUUGGCUAGUAGAUGGACAAGAAGUGUUUUCCACUGGUAUGACCACUAUGCAACGAUUUCUGUGCCUUCCCUGAAUAUUGAAGAUACCAUUUGGCACACAGAAGCUUUAACUAAUUUUACCCGACGUGCAGUGAAUGACAGCUUCCAGAGUACCUCACUGACUAAUACAGAAAUGGUUUACAUGAGCAAAGGUGUGCUACAAAAUUACAUGGCACUGGAUGUUUUAACACCUGCCCAAGGUGGGACUUAUGUCAUUAAAACUCAAUGUUGUGUAUAUAUUCCUGAUAACUCGGGCAAUGUCACCCUUGCUUUACAGGACACACAUAAGCAGAUAAGCAUCUCAUCAAAUCCCGAACUUUCUUUUUCCCAAUGGUUAUCAUCAUGGUUUGAGUCUUGGGGGAAAUGGUGA